CACAAUUAGCCCCUGAUCUAGACAUGAUUACAUUUUCUCCUAUAAAUAGGAGCAUUCUCCUUCAUUGUAAACAUACCAUUAUCACACUUCUAAUAACAUCUUUCUCACUAAGUAUUGAGACUAUACUUUCUCUCCCUGACCUUCUGCUUAUUUCCUUCCAUUUUAUAACACGUUAUCAGCACGAAUUUGCUCCACAUCCUUGAAAUCAUCAUCUUCCUAGCAGAUAUGGAGUUAACUAAAAUUUCUUCAAGUGGCUCUGAACAAUGUCUAAUAGACAGUGCCACAACGCACACCAUUUUGAGACAUAGAGAUUAUUUUUCUCAUAUGACAUUAGUUGAUGCUAAUGUCAAUACAAUCUCAGGUGUUGCUAAACUCAUUGAAGGUUCUGGAAUAGCCUGUGUGAUUCUCCCAAAAGGGACAAAAUUAAUAAUUAAAGACGCUUUAUACUCCAGUAAAUCACGGAGAAAUCUUUUGAGCUUUAAAGAUUUGCGUCUAAAUGGUUUUCAUAUUGAAACCAUGUCUAAAAAUCAGAAGGAAUAUUUAUGUCUAACGACAAAUAGAUCUGGCAAUAAAUACAUUUUUGAAAAAAUGCCAGCAUAUUCCUCAGGACUGUAUUAUACAUAUAUCAGUCCAAUUGAGAUAAAUGUGGUAUCUAAAAUUUAUGACCACAAUUCCUUUAUCUUGUGGCAUGACCGUUUAGGUCAUCCAGGCAGCACUAUGAUGCACAAAAUUAUUGAAAAUUCACGUGGACAUUCAUUAACUAAUGUCAAGAUUCCACAAUCAAGUGAUUUUCCGUGCACUGCCUGUUCUCUUGGCAAAUUAAUUAUCAGGCCAUCUUUAUACAAAAUUGGAGUUGAAUCUCCUGCAUUUUUAGAAAGAAUUCAAGGAGAUAUUUGUGGGCCAAUUACCCCUCCGUGUGGACCGUUUCGAUAUUUUAUGGUGCUCAUUGAUGCAUCAACACGUUGGUCACAUGUCAGUCUUUUAUCGACUAGAAAUUUUGCAUUUGCAAAUCUCCUUGCUCAAAUUAUUCGUUUGAGAUCACAAUUUCCGGAUUAUUCGAUAAAGAAAAUCCGACUUGAUAAUGCAGGAGAAUUUACAUCCCAAUCUUUUAAUGACUAUUGCAUGUCAAUUGGGAUUGAUGUGGAACAUCCAGUUCCACAUGUACAUACACAAAAUGGUCUUGCCGAAUCCUUAAUUAAGCGAUUACAAUUAAUUGCUAGACCAUUAUUGAUGAAAUCCAGAUUACCAUCAUCUGCAUGGGGAUAUGCUAUAAUGCAUGCUGCAAAUUUAAUUCGGCUUAGGCCAACGGCAUAUCAUAAAUUUUCCCCAUUACAAUUAAUAUCUGGUAAAGAACCAAAUAUAUCACACCUAAAAAUAUUUGGUUGUUCUGUGUAUGUACCAAUUGCUCCACCUUAUCGUACUAAAAUGGGUCCUCAAAGAAGGCUGGGAAUUUAUGUUGGUUUUAAAUCACCCUCAAUUAUUAAUUAUCUAGAACCUAUGACCGGUGACUUAUUCACCGCGCGGUUCGAUGACUGUCAUUUUGAUGAGACAAUAUUCCCAGCCUUAGGGGGAGAUA